UCGUCCGUCUGAGCGUCGUGUCGCUCCAUCGACCUGUGCCACCCUGAGCGAGGCCGGCCUAGGAACCCACGAGAGCCAGCCUCCUUCCUGGCACCGAGGUGUCGACUUCUCUUCCCUUUCGGUCGCUCGCUACUGCGCAAUAUCGGGGUGGUGCCCAGGGCCACCCGAGGAACUGAGGAUGCUUCUUCCUAAAGGCGGCAUCACUUGGAAGUCUACAAAGGGCCAACUUCCGCCCCUCAGAGCGCUGUUGAUAUUUUUAACGAGGACGCGCGUUCUCUUGUCUAUCGCUAUCGUCGGCAUCAUCGUAUUACUAUGGCGCGGCAUCAGGACUUCGGCGAGUGAAAUGCAAAGCUUCUACUGCUGGGGCCCUUCUAAACCGCCUAUGGACAUGACUUUGAACGAUCAACAGGCGUGGCAUGCCCACUUACAAACCCCCGUCAUCUUCAACCCCCACUCCCCGAUAACCAUCAACGAAUCUUCGGUGACGCAUGUCGACUUGAAUGGGAUCAAGUCGACACGCCAAGCUCUCGAUAACGAAGAGCGAGUCCUGCUCCUGACGCCUCUGAAAGACGCUGCGCCGUACCUCUCCAAGUACUUCGAACUCGUCGCCGAGCUGACCUAUCCCCAUCGCCUUAUCGAUCUCGCUUUCCUUGUCGGGGACUCCCGCGACGACACCUUGGCGGUUUUGGGUAUGGAGCUGGAUCGUAUCCAGAAGCGCCCGGAUCACAUUCCGUUUAAUAGUGUGAUGGUUGUGGAGAAGGACUUUGGUACUCAGCUCAGCCAGUCUGUCGAGGACCGGCAUAGCUUUGAGGCCCAGGGCCCACGACGAAAAGCUAUGGGCCGCGCUAGGAACUAUUUGCUGUCGGCAGCGUUGAAGCCGAACCAUUCGUGGGUGUAUUGGCGUGAUGUCGACAUCGUGGAUAGCCCCAAGAGGAUCCUAGAAGACUUCAUCGCUCACGACAGAGACGUUCUCGUUCCAAAUAUCUGGUUUCAUCGCUACGAGGGCGAGGGCGACAACAAGUAUGACAUCGAAGGCAGAUUCGACUAUAAUUCCUGGAUCGAGUCUGAGAAGGGCCUCAAACUCGCUUCCAAGCUUGAUAAGAACGUGGUUUUGGCUGAAGGUUACAAGCAGUAUGAUACCGGCAGAACAUACAUGGCACGGAUGGGCGACUGGCGGAACGACCCAGACGAGGAAAUCGAGCUCGAUGGAAUUGGUGGCGUCAACAUCCUGGUCAAAGCCGACGUCCAUCGAUCAGGUAUCAACUUUCCGUGUUACGCGUUUGAGAACCAAGCCGAGACGGAAGGGUUCGCCAAGAUGGCGAAACGAGCAGGCUACAAGGUUAUCGGCCUGCCCAACUACGUCGUCUGGCAUAUUGACACGGAAGAGAAGCCCGGAAACGCAUAGACUAACAAACUUCACCCUCCCGAAACGAUCCAUUUUUCCUUGGUUGCACAUUCGCAUUCCUUCGGUGGACGAAGUUGGUCCACCGAUCGCAGGCUUUCGAUGUCCGUAUAGGGCAGGGAACGUAAUACGCGUACGAGAGAGCUUAUGACAUUGGCUGCAUCACCCACCAGAAAAUAUCAGACACGUUUGGCAAAGGGGCGUUGGGAAAAGGAUUGGAUAUUCGAUUCUCAUACCACCAACCACCCCCCCCCCCUUUUUUUUUCCCUCCUUUUUCUUUCUCCGGCAUA